AUGCCGGCCGAAAGAGCGCCCAUACCGUCCAAUUGGACCGAGUACGAAAGAGGUGGACGUCGUGGCUCGUCAGAGACUUUGGAAAGUCAUAUCCAAUGGGGUGCAGACGUCCACGAUGCCCCUGAGCAUGCUGCCGGGUCGCCAGAUGCUCACCACACCCAAGCACUUCGGCAUAGAAGGUCGUCAAUGUCCAUGAAGAUCAACACUCUGCGUCAGGCUGGCGGUGUCAACAGUAUCGACAAUUUUGCAAGAUCAUGGCAGCGUGCAGCUGGCUUCUACGAAAUCGCACCCGUCAGGCCGUCAUUCCGCGUAUCCGAGACCGAUGAAGAGAGCGAAAGAGCCCCAGACGACUAUGAGAGGCAGGAUAUUGCAACGUCAUUCGGAGAGCAGAGAGGUUUGCUGAGACAGGCACUGGCAGAUGGGCGCAAGCUGUCUGAUCAUGCUAUCUCGGAUCCCGGAGAGCCAUCUGAGGCAGGCACCAUUCGCGGUCGUGCCCAGGAGGCAGAUGACAGCAUUUUCCAAGUUGAGCCCCAAUUGACAACCCCCUUCAGCGCCAGCUAUGGGACAAACUAUGGAAGUCUAUCAUCUAGAGUUAAUGAGUCGUCGAUGCGCCAUGCUGGACGACUCUUCCAGAAGCAGCAGGUAUCUGGCGUCAAUGACCCGGAUAAGGAGCGUGAGCCUCUGCUCGUCAAGCAGGUCGAGGAAGAUGACGGCAAGAUUGUGAAUGUUGUGGUUGGCCAGUCCACACUGCCUCAGACCAUCUUCAACUCGGUGAACGUCUUGAUCGGUGUUGGUCUCCUUGCAUUGCCGCUGGCUAUGAAAUAUGCUGGUUGGGUAUGCGGCUUGAUUUUCUUCGCCUUCGCUGCCGCUUCUACACGCUACACUGCAAAGCUUCUGGCCAAAUGCUUGGAUGUCGACAACUCUCUGAUCACUUUCGCCGAUCUUGCCUACGUUUCGUUUGGUUCCAAGGCCCGCAUCGCGACAAGUCUACUUUUCAGUCUGGAAUUGAUUGCUACUUGCGUUGCGCUUGUGGUUCUCUUCGCCGACAGUCUCAAUGCUUUGAUUCCUGGUUGGGGUCUCUUGGAGUGGAAGAUUGUCUGCGGCUUUAUCUUGAUCCCCCUGUCUUUCUUGCCUCUGAGGCUGCUGAGUUUCACCAGUAUCCUUGGUAUCGUCUCUUGCUUCGGUAUUGUCCUCUGCGUUGUUAUUGAUGGAUUCGUCAAGCCGCACACUCCUGGUUCUCUCCGCGAGCCUGCAAAGACCUAUCUCUUCCCUGAGAACUGGGCAACACUUCCUUUGAGUCUUGGUCUCCUCAUGUCGCCCUGGGGAGGUCACAGUGUGUUCCCCAACAUCUAUCGCGAUAUGAGACACCCUUAUAAGUACAACCGCGGUCUGAACAUCACAUACGCCUUCACUGCUACUCUUGAUCUUUUCAUGGCUGUUGUCGGUCUUCUAAUGUUUGGCGAUGCUGUCAAGGACGAAAUCUCUAGCAACAUUCUUGCUGAUGAUGGUUACCCCCAAUGGUUGUCAGUAAUCAUUGUCGUCUGCGUGGCCAUGAUUCCUUUGGCUAAAAUUCCCUUGAACGCACGCCCCAUCGUCAGCACGUUGGAGAUUCUCCUUGGGUUGGAUGCCCGUGCGGUCAGCAAUUCUACCUCGCUACACGGAAUGUCUGGUCUCAACCGUGGCAUCCUCAAGGCUACAAUUCGCAUCCUCUGUACAGUUGUAUUCGUGGUCUUGGGUAUCCUCGUCCCUGAAUUCGAUCGCAUCAUGAGUCUGCUGGGCUCCGUCGCUUGCUUCACCAUCUGCAUCAUCCUCCCACUCGCCUUCCACCUCAAGAUCUUUGGCGACUCCAUUCCUCGAUCUGAGAGAAUCAUGAACUGGGUGUUGAUUGUCAUCUCGACCAUUCUUGCAAUCGUCGGUACGGUAUUCAAUUUCAUUCCCAGAUCGGUCUUGGGUAUCGACGAGUAG